GAACGGGUGAUGUCUAUAUAAAGCUCAUCUUCAAACCUUGCUUUCACUCACACCUUGGCUGCUACUUCGUCUGUCUGUCUCUCUUUUGGCUUUCUUUUUCUGCUUGGACUCCAGGGUUGUGAACUACAAGGGGAGAGAGAGAUGGCAAUUGGGCAGUUGAAAGAUGUUGAAACAGGUGAAACUAAUGGCCUUGAAGAUUUAGAGAAGCCAUUGAUUGUUGAAGAGCAAAAGGUUGUUGGUAGUGAUGAAAGUGGAUCCAUUUGGAUGGCUUUGAUAUGCACAUUUGUUGCUGUCUGUGGUUCUUUUGAAUUCGGAUCUUGUGUGGGCUAUUCAGCACCCACUCAAUCUGCUAUCAGGGAAGAUCUUAAUCUAUCUCUAGCUGAGUUCUCAAUGUUUGGCUCUAUCUUAACAAUUGGUGCAAUGCUUGGUGCUGUCACUAGUGGUCGGAUUGCAGACCUCAUUGGUCGAAAAGGGGCAAUGAGACUGUCAGCUGCUUUCUGCAUUACUGGAUGGCUUGCUGUAUAUUUCUCUAAGGGGGCGCUGUCACUGGAUAUUGGAAGGUUUUCCACUGGAUAUGGAAUUGGAGUUUUCUCCUAUGUGGUUCCAAUCUUCAUAGCCGAGAUAGCACCAAAGAAUCUCCGUGGAGGACUCGCAACAUUGAAUCAGCUCAUGAUUGUUACUGGUUCAUCAGUUGCAUUUUUAAUGGGAACAAUCAUACCAUGGAGGACACUGGCUCUGACUGGACUUGUGCCAUGCACUUUCCUGCUUGUUGGUCUCUGUUUCAUUCCUGAAUCUCCUAGAUGGCUGGCAAAGGUUGGCCUCAGUAAAGAAUUUCAGGCUGCUUUACGAAGACUUCGUGGCAAAGAUGCUGAUAUCACUCAAGAAGCUGCAGAUAUUCAAGUAUACAUUGAAACUCUUCAAAGCCUUCCAAAAACUACAAUAUUGGACUUGUUUCAACAAAAAUACUUUGGUUCAGUGAUUAUUGGAGUUGCAUUAAUGGUAUUCCAACAGUUUGGAGGAAUCAAUGGAAUAACCUUCUAUGCAAGUGAAACCUUUGCAUCAGCUGGCCUUUCUUCAGGAAAAACUGGAACCAUAGCUUAUGCUUGUGUUCAGGUCCCUAUAACUAUUGCUGGAGCAAUGUUAAUGGACAGGUCAGGAAGGAGACCACUCAUAAUGGUGUCUGCCACUGGCACUUUUCUUGGCUGCUUUCUUGCUGGCACUUCUUUCUAUCUCAAGGACCACAAUCUUUUGCCUGAAUGGGUGCCAAUAUUAGCUGUUGGUGGAGUAUUGAUUUAUAUAGCAUCUUUCUCAAUUGGAAUGGGAGCAGUUCCUUGGGUAAUUAUGUCUGAGAUUUUCCCCAUAAAUGUCAAGGGAGUUGCGGGCAGCUUGGUGGUCCUGGUGAACUGGCUAGGUGCUUGGGCAGUCUCCUACACAUUCAACUUUCUCAUGAGCUGGAGCCCCUCAGGCACCUUUUUUGUCUACUCCGGAUUCUCUGUGAUGACUGUCCUAUUCGUGGCAAAGUUUGUCCCAGAAACCAAAGGGAAAACACUGGAGGAAAUCCAGGCAUCCAUCAAUUCAUAGAGGGGCAAAAGCAAUCCACUGGUUCAAAGCUUAUAAUACAUAAAUAUCUGCAGAAGAUGCCGAAAUUUCCAAGUCAUAACACCGCAUGAAUUGAUGGUUCGACCCAGUACUCCACUCUUCUGGACUACCAAUGGAUGUGAUGGAGAGUUUUUCUGGAUAAAGGAUCAUGCAGCUCUAGGCAGUGGUCCUUAGCUCAUUUUGCCUUUGUUUAUUCAAUUCUAGGGUAGGAUAGAUAUAGAAUAGAUUCUUCUCAUGUUACGUAAUAAGCUCCAAGCAUAGCAAGCUAACAUGAAUGAAGCAUUGCUUUGUUAGAAUCACUCCUGGAGUAGACCUAUCCAUGGGCCGGGUGGCUCGUUGGCCCUAUGGGCCUAAUCCAAUCCAGUCCAGCCUUGGAUUAAAUUUUUAAAACCCAAAUUCAAUUUAAUUCGAGAUAUUAUCAUAUUAA